UUGGUUUCUCGAAAAGGGUUAAUUGUUUCCUCUAAUGGGAAAUUGCUUUGGAAGUCGUAACAAGGUUGAUGACCCUAUGAACUCACAUUCCCAACCUUGUUCUGAUGUUACUACAGUUCCCCAUAGAGGCAAUGAUUUGUUAGCUCAUUCAAGUCCAACAAUGUAUGGAUACAGUGAAAAAGUAAAACCUGAGAUUCUCCCCACUCCAAGAUCCGAAGGGGACAUACUUUCAUCCCCACAUUUAAAAGCCUUCACAUUAAACGAUCUCAUGAAUGCCACUAAAAAUUUCCGUCCUGAUAAUCUAAUUGGAGAAGGUGGAUUUGGUUAUGUCUAUAAGGGGUGGAUUGUUAAUCAUUCCUUUGGGCCUACAGUGCCUGGAUCUGGAAUGAUUAUAGCUGUGAAGAAGCUUAAGCCUGAAGGUUUUCAAGGGCAUAAGGAGUGGCUGUCUGAACUCAAUUAUCUUGGCCAACUUCGCCAUCCAAAUCUUGUCAAACUUAUUGGAUACUGCCUAGAAGGAGAUAACCGGCUUCUAGUGUAUGAGUACAUGCCCAACAGAUGUUUGGAAAAUCAUCUAUUUCGCAGGGGUGCACAACCACUUCCUUGGGCAACAAGAAUCAAGGUUGCUAUCGGUGCUGCUCGAGGUCUCUCCUUCCUACAUGACUCUAAGCAACAAGUUAUCUACCGUGAUUUCAAGGCUUCUAAUAUUUUAUUAGAUUCGGAGUUUAAUGCAAAACUCUCAGACUUUGGAUUGGCCAAAGCUGGGCCCACUGGUGAUCAUUCUCAUGUUUCAACUCAAGUCCUGGGAACUCAGGGCUAUGCUGCUCCUGAAUAUAUUGCUACAGGUUGGCUUACUUCAAGGUGUGAUGUCUAUAGCUUUGGAGUUGUGCUAUUGGAACUACUGUCAGGGCGCUAUGCUGUUGAUACUACGAAAUCAGGAGUGGAACAUAAUCUUGUAGAUUGGGCAAGACCCUAUUUGGGUGAUAGGAGGAAGUUGUUCCGAAUUAUGGACACAAGGUUAGAAGGGCAAUACUCACAGAGAGCAGCUUAUACAGUUGCAAUUACUGCUUUACAAUGUAUUAGUGAGGCCAAAAUUAGACCACUGAUGUCUGAGGUUUUGGCCACCUUGGAACACUUGACAGUCAAUAGACAUUCAGCUAACCCAUCUAGUGCAGAGAAGUCCAUGACAAGUCCCAUGAGAGAGAUGGUCUGAAGUUAUUUCGUGGAAUUCCCUUUUAGACACAAUCAUCAUUCAUUCAGCACAGGGGAAAUAUGUCUCUAGUCACAUUACUGACAGCUCUAAGAGCUAAAAAAUCUAGAGUUGUGAAAUCCUAAAGGGGACAAUAUAAUGUAG